CAAAGGAUCCGCGAACCAACUGGGGACCCAGAUGAUCCUCCAAGAAUUCCCCAGAAUCCAGUCAUCAAUGGGAACGUGGCUAUGGCGGAUGGACACAACAACACAGAGGAGGACAUGGAGGAUGACACAAGCUGGCGCUCAGAAGCCACUUUCCGCUUUGUGGUGGAGCGCUUUAGCAGGCUGAGUGAGUCUGUUCUCAGCCCACCCUGUUUUGUGAGAAAUCUUCCCUGGAAGAUCAUGGUGAUGCCACGCUUUUACCCAGACAGACCUCACCAGAAGAGCGUUGGAUUCUUCCUCCAGUGCAAUGCUGAGUCAGACUCUACGUCCUGGUCAUGUCAUGCUCAAGCCAUGCUCAAAAUAAUCAACUACAAAGAUGAUGAGAAAUCCUUUAGCCGCCGCAUUAGUCACCUGUUCUUCCACAAGGAAAACGACUGGGGCUUUUCCAACUUCAUGUCAUGGAGUGAUGUGACUGAUCCAGAACGGGGCUUUGUUGAGGAUGAUAAGGUCACUUUCGAGGUCUAUGUUCAAGCUGAUGCGCCUCACGGUGUGGCCUGGGAUUCAAAGAAACACACUGGUUACGUGGGGUUGAAGAAUCAAGGAGCCACGUGUUACAUGAACAGCUUACUACAGACUCUCUUCUUCACAAACCAGCUUCGACGGGCGGUUUAUAUGAUGCCUACUGAGGGAGAUGAUUCCUCUAAAAGCGUUCCCCUCGCCCUGCAGAGGGUGUUCUAUGAGCUCCAACACAGUGAUAAGCCUGUUGGGACAAAGAAGCUGACUAAGUCUUUUGGAUGGGAGACUCUAGACAGUUUCAUGCAGCAUGAUGUACAGGAACUGUGCCGAGUGCUGUUGGACAAUGUGGAGAACAAGAUGAAAGGAACUUGUGUGGAAGGCACAAUCCCAAAACUCUUCAGAGGCAAGAUGGUGUCCUACAUCCAGUGUAAGCAUGUGGACUAUCGGUCAGAAAGAAUAGAGGAUUACUACGACAUCCAACUCAGCAUAAAAGGAAAGAAAAACAUCUUUGAGUCAUUCAAGGAUUAUGUGGCAGUGGAACAGCUGGAUGGGGAUAACAAAUAUGAUGCAGGGGAACAUGGUCUACAGGAAGCAGAGAAGGGUGUAAAGUUCCUGACCUUCCCUCCUAUUCUGCACCUACAGCUCAUGAGGUUCAUGUACGACCCUCAGACUGACCAAAAUAUUAAGAUAAAUGACAGGUUUGAAUUCCCGGAGCAGUUACCUCUGGAUGAGUUUCUGCAGAAGCCAGAUGUUAAAGACCCAGCCAACUACAUUCUCCACGCCGUCUUGGUGCACAGCGGAGACAACCACGGUGGUCACUACGUCGUCUACCUUAAUCCUAAAGGAGACGGCAAAGUGAGUGUCACCGCACCAAUAUGGUGUAAAUUUGAUGAUGACGUUGUUUCACGGUGCACUAAAGAAGAGGCCACUGAGCACAAUUACGGUGGUCACGAUGACGACUUGUCAGUGCGUCACUGCACCAACGCUUACAUGUUGGUGUACAUCAGAGAGUCUAAGCUCAGUGAGGUCUUGCAGCCGGUCACUGAUGUGGAUAUUCCUCAGCAGCUGGUUGAGAGGCUGCAGGAGGAGAAGAGGGUGGAAGCCCAGAAGAGAAAAGAAAGGCAGGAGGCUCACCUUUACAUGCAAGUACAGAUGGUGACAGAAGACCAGUUCUGUGGGCAUCAGGGCAAUGACAUGUAUGAUGAAGAGAAAGUAAAAUACACAGUGUUCAAAGUUCUGAAGAGCUCCACUCUGGCUGAGUUUGUUCAGAACCUCUCACAGACCAUGGGUUUCCCACAGGACCAGAUGAGACUGUGGCCAAUGCAGGCCAGAAGCAACGGCACUAAACGGCCAGCCAUGUUAGACUAUGAAGCAGAUUGCAACAAGUCUAUGAUCGACUUGAGCGAUAACGAGAACCCAUGGACAAUAUUUCUGGAAACUGUAGAUCCAGAAAUGGCCGCCAGCGGUGCAACGUUACCCAAGUUCGACAAAGACCAUGAUGUUAUGUUAUUCUUGAAGAUGUAUGAUCCAAAAACCAGAAGCUUAAAUUAUUGUGGACAUAUCUACACACCUAUAUCCUGUAAAAUACGAGGCUUGCUGCCCAUUAUGUGUGAAAGAGCAGGGUUUCAGCAGGGAACUAGCCUUAUCCUCUAUGAGGAAGUUAAACCGAAUUUAACGGAGCGAAUACAAGACUAUGACGUCUCCCUGGACAAGGCUCUGGAUGAGCUGAUGGACGGAGACAUAAUUGUGUUCCAGAAGGAUGAUCCUGAAAAUGAAACCAGUGAGCUGCCUACUGCAAAAGACUACUUCAGAGACCUGUACCACCGUGUGGAUGUCAUCUUCUGUGACAAGACCAUUCACAAUGACCCAGGCUUUGUUGUGACACUGUCGAACCGAAUGAACUACUUCCAGGUGGCAAAGACUGUUGCACAGAGGUUAAACACUGACCCCAUGCUCCUACAGUUCUUCAAGUCACAGGGGUACAGAGAUGGCCCUGGCAACCCACUCAGGCACAACUAUGAAGGCACUCUCAGAGACCUGCUGCAGUUUUUCAAGCCCCGGCAGCCUAAGAAGCUCUACUACCAGCAGCUCAAGAUGAAGAUCACAGACUUUGAGAACAGGAGGAGUUUCAAAGCCAUUUGGCUCAACAGUAUGUUUCGAGAGGAGGAGAUCACACUAUACCCUGACAAGCAUGGCUGUGUUCGGGACCUUCUGGAGGAAUGUAAAAAGGCAGUGGAGCUGUCUGACAAAGGCUCCGAGAAGCUGAGGCUGUUAGAAAUUGUCAGCUACAAAAUCAUUGGGGUUCACCAGGAAGAUGAAUUGCUAGAAUGUUUAUCUCCAGCAGCCAGUCGAACAUUCAGAAUAGAGGAAAUCCCUCUCGACCAGGUGGACCUGGACAAGGAGAAUGAAAUGCUGAUUCCAGUUGCACAUUUCCACAAGGAAGUCUUUGGCACAUUCGGAAUUCCCUUUUUGCUCAAGAUCCGUCAGGGGGAACCCUUCAGAGAAGUGAUGAAGAGAAUUCAGAGCAUGCUUGACAUUCAGGAGAAAGAGUUUGAAAAGUUCAAGUUUGCAAUCGUGAUGAUGGGCCGGCAUCAGUAUAUCAACGAGGAAGACUACGAGGUGAAUCUGAAAGACUUUGAGCCACAGCCAGGGAACAUGUCGCACCCGAGGCCUUGGUUAGGGCUCGACCACUUCAACAAAGCUCCAAAGAGAGGUCGCUACACGUAUCUGGAAAAAGCGAUCAAGAUUCACAACUGACAAGCCCACACUGUAACCGACCAUACUAAAGACUUUAACCAAACCUCUUGUGUGCACCACGUUUAACACCUGCUGUCUGGGUACACAGUCUUCAGCUAAUGGAGCGACUGCUGAUGCUCCUGUUUUCCUUUUGAGGCUGUUCGAUUUGGCUUCUCUAACUAUUGACUGCCUGUUUGUCUGGAAGAAUGAAUUGGAUUUUAACAAGAAAGGGGGAACAGUAUGUCCUAGACUUUUGUUUAGAUUUUUAUUUUUUGUUUGUUUGGUUUUCUUUUUAAGUUCGUUUUUUUUUUUUUUUAAUUGUUACGGCAAGAAAGCUGCUGCAUUGUGAGGUGGAGGCGAUGGAAAGAGGAGUUUUGUCAUUUCCAGACGAUUAAAAGGGUUCCUCCAUCCUUCAACAACAACAAAAAAAAGCUUUUGCUAGUUGCCCUGACAUGGUUGUCUAUUUUCUGGUCCCUUAGUGCAACUAGUCCAUUUUCAUGUUUACACGAUUCUACUUUCACACUUAAGUUUGGUUGGAGAAAUUCAGUUUGUCUUCUCUGGAAAUCCUGUAUAAUAAAGAGCCACAGCAUCCGUUUUAAAAUAAAUAAAAAUGAAAUAAAUUGUCUGUACUUCAUCUUGCACGUUGGCACUUAAUAUCCAAGGUUUUACAUUUCUCAGCACUGUUAAAUGUAAUCUUGGCUGGAGUUUGAUUUGCAUAUCCCUUUGGUUUGUAUCCCCCAUUCUUUAGCUCCUCUGUCACUGGCUGCGGGAUUAUUCUGAUGUGGAGGGAGGCGUCGAUUGCUGACGGCUCCAGAUUUGUUGUACUGUUUGUUGGCACGAGGUUGCAGACGUAUAGAAGACUGGUUCGGGACUUUAAGAAACCAGCAUUAAUGAACCAAUACCAUUGUUUUUUUUCUUUAAGCACCGAAGGAAUGCUCCCUAGUGCAUAGUUGGCUUUGUAAAAUCAAUUACAAUUGUAUAUUUAAAGAAUGAACAUGUAAAAUUAAAAACGCCGAAUUGUUGGGUACAGAUCAAUUCAGAUGUUCAUAUUCAUUUGUGUGUAGUUUUAUUUCGGAUCCUGACAGUUUCAUUUGGUCUUUACUUUUUUUUUUUUCCUUAACUAAUUGCCGCCGGUUUGUCUCGUUUAAGUGCAGUACAAAGAAAACCUGCAGAUCACAUCUUUCAUUUUUGAUUUUUGUUUUCUUCUCUCUUCAGUCUAAUUCCUCCGUGUAGCAGCAGUGUAUGACAACUCUUCCUGUAUAUUGCCUUUUUGCUGGAAAAUGUAUGUUGAAUAAAAUUUUCUAUAAAAGCU